AUGCUAAUGCAAAAAGUUUGGCAGGAUCAGAUAGAUUGGGAUGAGGAUAUAAAAAUGUCAACACAAACCGAAUGGGAGAAAUUUGUGGCUUCGUAUCAUGAAGUCAAUUGUAUACAAAUUCCUCGAUGGGUCCAUUAUGAACCAGAAUCCUCAGUAGAGCUUCAUGUUUUUUCUGAUGCCUCGGAAAAGGCAUAUGCGGGGGUAAUAUAUAUUCGGGUGGAAAUACCUAGAGGAGAAAUUUUCACACAUUUGCUAACAUGCCGUGCUAACACGAAAGUGGUCCCUAUUAAAUCGGUUACUUUACCUCGUCUUGAACUUUGUGGUGCUGUAUUAGCGGCAGACCUUUUGAAGGCCGUGUUGUGUGAAAUUGACAUUCCAUUGCACCAGGUUUAUUGUUGGACUGAUUCUACGAUCGUCCUUUCCUGGUUAAGAAAAGACCCCUGUUCUUGGGCAACCUUUGUUGAAAAUCGAGUUUGCAAGAUACAAGAAAUUGUAGGCAAACAUAAUUGGCAUCAUGUCAGAUCUGAGGAAAAUCCAGCGGAUUUAGGAAGUAUAGGAGUUACACCUUCUCUUUUAGCUCAGAGCUCUCUUUGGUGGAAUGGUCCACAUUGGCUUCGGGACAAAAAGUCUACUUGGAAUCUGAAAAAUUUAUCCAUGCUUGAUACCGAUCUUGAGGUUCGAAAUGUAAAAUCUCAUUUCUCUUUUUUCACGAAUUACGAGGACGUUUUGGAGAGAUUUUCGUCGCUUGAUCGUGCUAUCCGAGUUUUAUCCUACGUUUUCAGAUUUUUCCAUAGAACUCAUUCGCUUUAUAGGAACCGAUAUUCGUAUGACACCAUAACGCUGUCUGAAAAUGAAGUGAGACAUGUGAAACUACGUUUGGCCAUUGUGGCCCAAAAAGGUAAUUUCGCGGAGGAAUACAAGUGUCUAUUAGAAAAAAGACCACUUUCUUCUAAAAGUUCACUUUUACCUCUAAAUCCGUUUCUUGACAAUGAGGGUGUCAUGAGACUUAAUGGUCGAUUGGCUAGGUCGCCUUCAUUGGUUUAUAGGGAACGGCAUCCUAUUUUAUUGCCAUAUUCAUGUCGCUUCACGCUCCUUUUAGCAGAAUUUAUUCACAAGAUUUCGAUUCACGGUGGAAAUCAACUAAUGCUAAGGAUAAUACGAAUCGAAUAUUGGAUUCCUCGUUUAAAGACACUUGUUAGAACUAUUGUUAAUCGCUGUAAGCGAUGCGUGUUGGAUCGUAAACGCGCUUGCACUCAACUAAUGGCUGCCUUAACCCCAGAACGGACGAACUUGGAUCGACCGUUUACAACAACAGAAGUUGAUUUCGCUGGUCCCUUCGACAUGAAAAAUUUGAACGAUACGUCGUGUCAGAUCUUAAAGGCCUAUGUCUGUAUUUUUGUAUGUUUCGCCACCAAAGCCGUACACUUAGAAGUAAUUUCAGAUUUAUCAACAGAUAAAUUUUUAGCGGCAUUUAAUCGAUUUAUUUCGAGACGCGGUUGUCCACGUACGAUCUUUUCGGAUAACGGGACGAAUUUUGUAGGUGCUUCUCGAGAGUUGGAGAGAGAAUUUAAAACCUUUUUAUUGGAAAGUAGGGCUAGGAUGUGUUCGACGUUUGGCAUCAACGGCCUUUCAUGGCGUUUUAUUCCUGCUGGUGCUCCCUAUAUGGGAGGUUUGUGGGAAGCGGGAGUUCGAAGUUUCAAAUUGCACUUUCGUAAAGAUGCACAUUCCGGUGAAUAUACCUUUGAGGAACUUUCUACUGUCCUCGCUAGAAUUGAGGCAUGUCUAAAUUCUCGACCAUUAUGCCCUAUGAAUGAUAAUCCUAAUGAGAUAGUGGCUCUUACACCAGGUCAUUUCUUAAUAGGGUCGCCUAUACUAGCUCCACCUGAACCGUCAAUUUAUGACUCGCCGCUUAGUCUUCUAAAUCGUUAUAGGAAAGUUAAAGCACUGACUCAUCACUUUUGUCGUAGAUGGAAAGAAGAGUACUCUUGUCAGGUCUUCACAAACGAUAUAAGUGGAAAUAUCCAGAAAGAGAUAUAG